CUGCCCGGCGGUUUCUGGGGAGGGCGGAGACAAGGGGACGCCCUCGGGCUGGCCGCUCCCCGCCCUCGGCCCCUCCCAGAGGAGCCGCGCGCUCGGGUGGCGCUCGGAGCCCCGGCAGCCGCAGGUGCCGCCCGCCCCCGGCCAGCCCCGCGCAGCCCCGCGCAGCCCCGCGCCCGCAGCCUCCCGCGCCCAGACAGGUAGGCGCCCUUCCCGGCUCUUUUGCUCUCUCUGCGGUUCUGGGAGUCCCUCUGCUAGCCCCCACUCCCCGGGCGGACGUCCCAGCUUCUUGAAGGAGAGAAGAGAGAACCAAGAUCUAGGUAUCGAGCUCAGGCUUCCAGACCUCUUUGGAGUGAAAAUGAAUGUUUCUGUCAGGAUAGUGUAACUGGAGGCUUCAGGUCUGGGCAUAUUUGACCAUGGGAGCCAACACCUCAAGCAAACCACCAGUGUUUGAUGAAAAUGAGGAUGUCAACUUUGACCACUUUGAAAUUUUGCGAGCCAUUGGGAAAGGCAGUUUUGGAAAGGUCUGCAUUGUGCAGAAGAAUGAUACCAAGAAGAUGUACGCAAUGAAAUACAUGAACAAACAAAAGUGUGUGGAACGCAACGAAGUGAGAAAUGUCUUCAAGGAGCUCCAGAUCAUGCAGGGUCUGGAGCAUCCUUUCCUGGUUAAUUUGUGGUACUCCUUCCAAGAUGAGGAGGACAUGUUCAUGGUAGUGGACCUCCUGCUGGGCGGGGACCUGCGUUAUCACCUGCAGCAGAAUGUCCGCUUCCAGGAAGACACCGUGAAGCUCUUCAUCUGUGAGCUGGCCAUGGCCCUGGACUACCUGCAGAGCCAGCGCAUCAUCCACAGGGAUAUGAAGCCUGACAAUAUUUUGCUCGAUGAACAUGGACACGUGCACAUCACAGACUUCAACAUCGCGGCGAUGCUGCCCAGGGAGACGCGGCUCACCACCGUGGCGGGCACCAAGCCUUACAUGGCACCUGAGAUGUUCAACUCCAGAAGAGAAACGGGCUAUGCCUUUGCUGUUGACUGGUGGUCCCUGGGAGUGACGGCAUAUGAGCUCCUCAGAGGCCGGAGACCAUACCAUAUUCGCUCCGGUGCGUCCAGCAAGGAAAUCGCGCACAUGUUUGAGACGGCUAUUGUGACUUACCCUUCUGCCUGGUCACAGGAAAUGGUGUCACUACUUAAGAAGCUACUUGAGCUGAAUCCAGACCAACGAUUCUCUCACUUGUCCGACGUUCAGAACUUCCCAUAUAUGAAUGACAUGAACUGGGAUGCAGUUUUGCAGAAGAGGCUUAUUCCAGGUUUUAUUCCUAAUAAAGGCAGGCUGAAUUGCGACCCCACCUUUGAACUUGAAGAAAUGAUUUUGGAGUCCAAACCUCUUCACAAGAAAAAGAAGCGCCUGGCAAAGAAGGAGAAGGAGAUGAGGAAAUGUGAAUCCUCUCAGAUGUGCCUUCUUCAAGAGCAUCUUGAGUCUGUCCAGAAGGAGUUCAUAAUUUUCAACAGAGAAAAAGUAAAAAGGGACUUUAACAAAAGGCCAGCUAAUCUAACCUUGGAACAAACCAAAUACCCACAAGAAGAGAAUGGCCAGAAUGACAGCGUGUGAAAUCCUCAACAUCUUCUGCUCUGGACGUGUCCUGCCACCUCGGGCGGGAACUUCUGAUCCCCACGCCAGGAAUUGCUGACAGUAGUUCUCACCUCUCCACACCUCACACACCUCAGAAAAUGUGAAUGAAUGCCUUGGGGAGGAGGCAACAGGAUACAGGGAGUCCUGGGUCUCCUGGGAUCUAGUUUCACCUCUAAUCAACCGUGUGGCAUUGAGCAAGUCACUUAACCGCAGCUUGGGUUUAUUCAUCUCAAUGAGAGGGUUUUUCUAGAUGAGCUCUGUCCUGCCUUUUUACUGCUACCAUUCUGUUAUUCUACACAGCCUUUAUUUUUAUCUUAAAAAGAAUAUUUGGACGUAGAUUUAUUUUUCCACAUUCUAACUACACUGUGACAAAUGGGCAGAUAGACAUUGGUGGGAGACUGAGUGAGCGAGGCUCUUCGGAGCUAGACAAUUUCAUAAACAGGUCAGAAUCCCCACGUCUGAUUGAAUAGGAAUAAGGAAUUCAAUGGGGAAGAAAUGGAUGGGAACUGAUUAGAACUAACAGAUUUAUGAGGGGUUUCUGGUUGUGCUCUGGAGUCCACACACCAUUAUCAGCUCACAUCAGCUAGCAAGAGCUUACUGGGCGUGUCUUUCCCAUUGCCCUGUACAGUGAUUUGAGGGUGGGCAGUUGAAAUUGGUGAUGAUUAGUAAAUACUGAGACUAUUUACAUCAUGGAAAUGGGAAAAUGCUUCAAAUCAGGGCUUUUUCCCCCUUCCCGGUAAGCCUGUUGUGAGGUAGUUAUUAGCAUACUGCUCACCUUCUUCUAGUAGGUUCCUUGGGAGCUAAUUGUCCUCUUAAGAUUAUCAGAGACCUGUGUCUGGAGAGGACCAGAAAAUAAUAUUGUCAUGCUGACAGCACUGUCCACCCUGAGGUACAUUGAAGCUGUCCCUUACACAGGGUUGAUAGUCUAAGUUAGAAUGGAAGGUGAGUUUGGAAGACAGUAAAAUUUACACUUGAAAAAUCCCUUAAAUUACCCACAGCAUGGUAGGUAUCUUUUCUUAGCAGAGCCCAGUGCAGGGAGUCUCCAGCAAUGAAACAAAUUGCCAUCUUGGGGUUUGUUAUGAUUGUGUCUUUUAUUUUUGGUCUCAUUUUUGGCUAAUAAUAUCAGAUGAACCAAAAUGUUGAACCAAUCAUAUAUGCCUUUAUAGACGGAAUAAUAGAACUGCGGGAUGCUCCCACAUCCGAGAGGUCUAACGUCACGGAAACGGACUGAAGCACAGCCCACUCCAAGAACGGCAGGCGGAACUGCCUGCUUACAAAAUUAUCGGUGUCUCACUCUUUUUCUUUAUGUAUUUAUUUGCCUAACACGGAGUUUAAUUCGCCUAUGUGAGAUAUGCAUAGGACCCAACUGCUCUCUCUCGAUACACAGAAGGUCUCUGCAGAGGACCUCGUUCUGGCACCUGACAGAUGCCACUGGGUAAAGUCAACAAGUGAACAGGCUUAGUGGGGGGCUGUUUGACGCCUUGGCCACUCAGAUCAUCUAGACCUUGUCCUUACUUAGAGAGAGUAAGGGCCUCACCAAAACGCCAGGAGGAGGCAACAGGGAAGACCAGACAGAGAGAGUAGGCAGAAGUAACAGAUCUGGCACCUGCCACAGCAGAGAGCCAGGAGGGAAGCAGCACUCGGGCAAUUAAACAUGGGUAGGAAGCCAGUGCUGGAUUCUCAUUUGGCAUUCAGGAUUUUCUCCUCACGGAGCUAAUGCGCCCGGAAUUUCUGGCAGAGCCUCUCGACUUUAAGAGCAACCAUAUUUGUGUUAGGAAUUAAAACCAGCUCUUUUGUUCUGUUUCUUUUCUUUUUUUCCUACAUUUCCCACGUAUUAUUUGCGCGGUUUUGCUUUUUCUCCGAGCACUCUGAAGUACGCACUGGCCCUGACUCCAUUUCUAAUUUUAUAUGAAAAAAACCAACUAGGUGACCAGGUUCUGCUCCAGGCUGGCAACUCCAGGAAUAUCAGGGGCCACUUGCAUGUUUAUCAGCUUCCGUCUUUCACGCCUUUUGACCCAAGCCCUGAUGUGCUGUGGACGUACCUCUCCGGUCACCUGGUUCGUCCUCCUGUUGGGGCCUGUGCAUGUAUCAUCCCAGAGGAAAGGUUGCGGGAGACACCACAGGGCACUGGGAUCAGGAGGCUCUCCCCUGGGAAGGGACCCAACCAUUUAUGCCGCUUCACAUCUGUACCAGUUAUAACCGGAUAGGAGCCCAAUGCCCUCUCUGUACUUGGAACCCCUAGUUUUUAUUUCCGGUUUGCUGCUGCCGUGCCCAAAGCACCUCUGUGAGCAUUCAGCAGCCGUGGACACCUCAACUACAGAGCACAGCCCCAGAGCAGUAAGAUGCGUUUUCAGGCCCGAUCGGGUUACAGACCCUCAAUGUGUUUCCAGUUAGAAAUGAAAAAGCAUUGCAUCUGUAAGGCAUUAAAAUGUCUUCUGUAUACACUGAUAAAAGCACCUCCCACCACCACACAUUUUAAUCAGGAAGACAAAAAGUUUCCCCCAAACAAAAGGAUGCCUAGAUCUGAACCGUGAUUGCUUCUUGUUGGUAUCAGGUUCUUUGGCUUGAUCCCGUAACUUGGGCCAAAAGGGACUGUCCUAACCAGGUGGACCACGUCUCGUCCAGAGUCGUGACAACCAAGGCUUAGAAGUUUGGAAAACAAGCCGAGUCUUACAUCCCCUUGACUGGUAUUCCCAGUCUUUUUCUCCUAACUGCUUUCGCCCUGACCUGUGUGGAGCUCCAGUCUGAGCAGGUAUUGAAGACCAGAAGCUUCCUAGCUAGCACUCUCAUACUGCAGCAGGAGAGCCCGGCCCACAACCCUGUCUCCAUGGGAAUUAAAUGCUCUGCUAAUGGCCAACAUCUGUCAAUGGCAGCACUGGUUUGGGCUGGGGUCAUUGCUAGGUCAUGGAGUACAAAGCACUACGAACUUAAUUACAGCAAUUUAAUUAAUUAGUAGUUAAGCUUCCUCCGAUUGGAAGAAAGUACUAACCAGGAACGACUAGGCUUUAUAUCAUCAUAGCUUUUCUAGAUUGGAUGGACAAAUAAUGCUAGCACAGGUAGCAGGAACCAGUGUUUCUGCUUUUGAUGAUGCCAUAAUGCUGAGGCUUUAAUUCAACAGGUGAAUGAAAAGGCAUGCAAAACAGUGUCUGUUUCAGUAUCCCGUUGUGCCUGCUUUGUCCACACAGCAUCACCGUCCACCUGUGAUAGCUGUUUCUUAGGAGCUCCAUGUGUCUGAUUGACGUUAAACAUUGAUGUUCAAAAUCCAAACUCCAGUUACCUGUGCUGUUGUAAACAAGCAGCCCUUGGGUGGGAAACACCUGCUUCUGUUGAAUGUGGUGUAUAUAUAAUGUGAAUGUGCCUCUCUGUGUAUUAAAAUGUCUUCUGUAUACAGUGA